CUUUUAUUUUUAUUUUUAGUUUACAAACUAUAUAUAACUGGUCGAGCUAAGGUUCCUUGUUUGCACACAAUGUCAGUUUUCUCUUCCAUCUUUGAUGCUCUUGUAGCUGCUACCAGUUGUUGUAUUCCAAAUCCCAACAUUAGUAUCAAUGGUCGUGCUUAUCGUAUUAUCAAACUUCUUGGCGAAGGAGGUUUCUCUUUUGUAUAUUUAGCUCAAGACGGUUCUGGUAAUCUAUAUGCUUUGAAGAAAAUUCGGUGUACCUUGGGUACAGAAGAAGCUGAACAGGCACAACGUGAAGUGGACAUUUACCGACUUUUUGAACAUCCAAAUAUCAUUCGUAUGCUGGAUACUAGCACCAUCACUGAAUCCGACGGUAGCAAGACGAUCUAUAUCUUUCUUCCUUAUUACAAGAAAGGGAAUCUACAGGACGCCAUCAACCGUAACAAUCUCAACAAAACUCACUUUACUGAACAACAAAUGCUUCAAUUAUUCCAUGAUAUAUGCGUUUCAGUAGCCUAUUUACAUACUUACAAACCACCUGGUGCUACAAGGACACAAUAUGCUGCCAAUGGACAGAACCCUAUGGAAGACGACAAUAAUCAUCCUCGCCAAGACCAACAACCCUUACUCAGUGGACAACAACAACAACAGGAAUCAUCACGGAUUGAAACACAUAAACCUGGAAUGGAAAAUGAAAUAGUACCUUGGGCUCAUCGAGAUAUUAAACCAGGGAAUGUGUUGAUAUCCGACGAUGGAAUGACACCAAUCUUGAUGGAUUUCGGAUCAUCAUGUGAAGCACGUAUUCCCAUCCAUACUAGGCAAGAAGCAUUGGCACAACAGGAUCUUGCUGCAGAACAUUGCUCCAUGCCUUACCGUGCACCUGAACUAUUUGAUGUCAAAUCAGAGACAACAUUGGACGAAAAAGUCGAUAUUUGGUCACUAGGCUGUACACUGUAUUGUAUGGCAUAUGGACAAUCUCCUUUUGAAGCGGGAAUGAAUGAACAAGGUGGAUCUAUCGCUUUGGCUGUACUGAAUGGACAAUUCCGAUUCCCCAGUGAUCCUGAAUUAGAUCAACUUUACUCGCAAGCAGUGAAAGAUUUGAUUUCCCAUAUGUUGGUUGCUGAUCCUACUGCUCGACCGGAUAUUCAUCGAGUGAUUGACAUAUUGAAGCACUUGUUAGAUCGUGAACUCAUUGAAGACACUAGUUAGGUUUUGUUUGAUACCCAACUCCCUCUCACUAUUUUCUUUCCUGCCUUUCUUCCUUUCCAUAUUAUCGUUUCGAACCAUCUACCUGGAUUUAUAUAGUAUUAAUUGUUAGUAAUAUUAUUAAGCAAAUAAAAAUUGUAUUUUUUUUUUAUCACCUUCA